AUGUCACGCUCUGAUGAAGUGAACAAGAUGACGGAAAACGUCUAUAAGGGCAUCCUGGACCAGUUCAACCCCAGCCUGAAGAACUUUGUGACCAUGGGAAAACACUACGAGAAAGCUCUCACGGGAGUGACAGUGGCAGCCAAGGGUUACUUUGAUGCACUGGUCAAACUGGGUGAACUGGCCAGCGACAGCCAAGGCUCUAAAGAACUGGGUGAUACGUUGUUCCAGAUGGCAGAGGUGCACAGACAGAUCCAAGUUCAGCUGGAGGACGUGCUGAAACUGUUCCACUCAGAGCUUCUCUCUCAACUGGAGCAGAAACUAGAACUGGAUAUCAAAUAUCUCACUGCGACCCUGAAGAAGUACCAGAGCGAGAGGAAGUCAAAGGUGGAGUCUAUCGAACGCUGUCAGUCUCAGCUGAAAAAACUCCGCAGGAAAAGCCAGGGCAGUCGCCACCCGAACAAAUACGGCGACCGCGAGAUGCAGUAUGUGGAGCUCAUGAGUCGUCGCCAGGGGGAGCUAGAAACGUUGGUUGCCGUGGGUUACCGCUCUGCCCUUACCGAGGAGAGGAGGAGGUAUUGCUUCCUGGUCGACAGGCAGUGUGCAGUCACCAAACUGCUCAUCAACUACCACUGCAAGGUGAGAGAGCUCCUGUCUCAGAAACUGUCGUCGUGGCAACAGUCCUGCUCCCAGCCGACCAAACUGCCCGAGAGGGCCCUCAACCUGCUGCGUCACACGGCCCCGCAGACCUCGGGGGCCUCUGGGAUAGCGGAGGUCCUCCGACACGCCAAGCUUGGGUCGGCCCAGCCUCCGGAACAGAGGCUCUCUGUACAGGAAGUCCCGCCCCUGUUGAACGGGGAAGCCAGCAGUCGCCCCCAGCAACAGCAACGUCCUGCCCAGUCCUCCCAGAGUGAAAACCCUUCCCAGGAUUCCACGGGGCCCCAGACGUUCCGCGCUCUCUCUCCUCAGUCCGGAGGCGGCCAUGGCUCGAGCAACGGCUCUGCCCACUCGUCCACGAGCCCCGCCCACUCCCAGCACGCCACGCUCCAGCCGGGAGUCAGCACGUCCAGCCUGCAGUCUCCUCCUCCUCCUCUGUCCUCCAUGCCGGUGACGCUCUCGCCCGUCACUCACAGCUCCCUUCAGGGGUUAGCCCCGCCCACCACGGCCCCUCAAAGUCCCCCGCUACCCCACAGCGCGCCCCUCUCCCGCGCGAUGACCCCCGUGCCUUCCUCCGCCCACCAUAUCGUCCCCGGCUCAAACCCGGCCAGCAGCGUCCUGCUGAUGAAGGCGGCGGAUCUCUACUCCACCUCCACCCUGCCGUUACCGCGGCGAACCGGGAGCGAGGCUCGGAUGGGGUUUCUGGGCUCCACUCUUCCGCGUGUACUCCCUCUCUCUCCUCCGUCCCGUGUGGAGGCCCUUUUCCCCCACACCCCUAGCAGUUCUGAUGGAUCUGCUGCAGGUGUGGGAGGAGGAGGAGGAGGAGGAGGAGGAGGAGGGUCGUGUCUGCUGGUCUUCCUCCCCGGCGACACCAUCACCCUCCUCAUCAGCGAGCCGCGGGACGGCUGGCACUACGGCCAGAACGAGAGGACAGGACGGAAAGGUUGGUUCCCAUUCUCUUACACCCAACCCUACCCAAACACGCCUGAACAGCAGAACGUUAGCUCCCUUGGACUGUCCAAAGCAAACAGUACCAGUACUGGGCAGUUGGACAAGCUGCCCCCUGGUGGUCAUGUGGGGCAGGGCAGUCCAGACUCGGAGGAGGAGCGUUCUAUAGCCAGUCAGCGUGUGAGCACCUUCCGCCCCCGACCCUACAGCAUGGUCACCGACUCCGCCCAGCUCAGCCCACGACUCCUCACGCACAGGAUCAAGCUGACCACAGAUGUGGCUUCACCUCCUCCCUCCCCCACCAGGACCAAUCCAUUUGCCCACAUUCGACUCAGGAAGACAGUGACCAAUGAUCGUUCGGCCCCGCUCAUCGAAUAA